AUGCCUUCGAGCCACAUGGAGGCCGCCCUGACUAAUGGCCACGAUGACGUCUCACACACCACCACCGCAGCCGGCAAGAAGGCCGCAGCGGCGGCCGCAGCAGGCUCGACAAAGGCCAAAAAGACUGCGCCCAAAUCGAACGACGAGGCUUCGCGACUUCUCCAGGCCAGGAUAUCCCAGCUCGAGCAGGACGCAGCGGGAGAGAAAGAUCAGGAGAUGGAGAUUGAGCGCGAAGUGAAGCGAGCCAACCGAGAUCUCAUGCAGCAAGUGUCCAAGAUGGACAACAUGCAGAAGAUCGAUUACUUAACGAAGCGCUCGAGCGAAUUGUUGGCCGACAUGCGACGACUGGAAAAAGAGAACCAAAAGAAUAAGAGACGAGGGGACACGCUGCAGAAGGAGCGGGACGGUGGCCGGACCGAGCUCAGCAAGACGGUCGGCCUCAAGGAAAAACUCGAGAAGCUGUGCCGAGAACUUCAACGAGAUAAUAACAAGAUGAAGAAUGAGAAUAAGGAACUCCAGACGGCGCAGAAGCGCAACCACAUGGCCUGGGAUGAGAAGUAUGCGACGGUACUAUCUAAGCUGGAAGGCUAUCAGGAAGACAAGGACACACCCAAGAAGUUGGUUGUGGAUAUGACGAUGGAGGAGUUAUUCAAAUCACGUUUCAAGUCAUUUAUCGAUCAGUACGAACUACGAGAACUGCACUUCCACUCACUCAUGCGAACAAAGGAGCUCGAGGUGCAGUACCACAUGGCACGGUACGAACGAGAGAAGAAGGGCGCCGAGACGGAGAGCGCCAAGGCGCGUCAGCUCCAGGCGCAGGUGCAAGCCUUUACCAAGACGGAGACGGAGCUGAGAAACCAGCUCAAUGUCUAUGUCGACAAGUUCAAGCAGGUGGAAGACACUCUGAACAAUAGCAAUGACCUAUUCCUCUCGUUCCGCAAGGAAAUGGAAGACAUGUCCAAGAAGGGCAAGCGACUGGAAAAGGAGAACGAGGGGCUCAAGAGGCAAAAGGAGGCUACGGCGGCCAACAUCCUCCGCAUGGCCGAGGAGCGCCAAGAGUUCAAGAAGAAGUUUGAGGCGGGCGAGAAGAAGAUGAGCAAGCUGAUGAGCAUCAUCCAGGGCAUGCAACAGCAGGGUAGAUCUGUGCCUCCCGCCGUUAUCGAGGGCCAGCAACAGCAACAGUCUGGUGGUGGUGCUGGUGCUUCAGAUGUUCCGACCGCUGGUGCUGCCACUCAUGCUGAUGAGAGCGAGUACUCGGAUGAGGAGGAGGAGGAGGAGGAGGAUGAGGAAGAGGAGGAGGAACUAAGCGAGUUUGAUGACGAGGACGAGGACACCGAGGAGGAUCCGCAGCCGUCGGAGCAGAACCGUCCCCUCUUCCCGUGGAAACGACUGAUCAUGGGCUUCUCAAUAGGGCACUAUGCGUUCGAGUCGUUCCUGACGCUGCGGCAAUACUCGGUUCUGCAGCGAAGCUCCCCUCCGGCCGUGCUAUCAAAGGAGAUCAGUGAGACGAAAUUCACCGAGUCGCAGGAAUACGGGCGGGCCAAGGCGCGCUUCAGCCUGGUGGACGGUCUGUGGGACCAGGUGCAGAAUCUGGCCUUCAUCCACUUCGACGUGCUGCCCAAGCUGUGGUCGUUCACUGGUGACUUGCUGCUCCGGUGGGCGCCGGCCCGGUUCACGGGCGAGAUCAGCCACUCGAUCGCCUUCGUCUUCGGUCUCAUGCUCGUGCAGCAGGUCCUCGGUCUCCCCAGCAAGUACUACCACACCUUCGUGCUAGAGCAGCGGUACGGGUUCAACAAGUCCAGCCCACGCCUGUUCUUGGUCGACAUGGUCAAGGGCAACGCCGUCACGUCGGUCCUCAUGCCACCCAUCCUCGCCGGCUUCCUCAAGAUCAUCCAGAAGACGGGCACGUCCUUCUUCUUCUACCUCUGGGCUUUCUCGGCCGGGCUGCAGAUCUUCAUGACGGCUGCCUACCCCACCUUCAUCCUACCGCUGUUCAACAAGCUGUCGCCCCUGCCCGAGGGCGAGCUCAAGUCCAAGGUCGAGACCCUCGCCGCCAGCCUCGACUUCCCCCUCCACGAACUCUUCGUCAUCGACGGCUCCCGCCGCUCCGCCCACUCGAACGCCUACUUCUUCGGCCUGCCCUGGAAGAAGCACAUCGUCCUCUACGACACCCUCAUCGACGGCAACGAGCCCGAUGAGGUCAGGGCCGUGCUCGGCCACGAGCUCGGCCACUGGAAGCUCGGCCACACUACCCGCCUAAUGGCCAUCACCCAGGUCCACCUGCUCUACAUCUUCGCCCUCUUCUCCGCCUUCAUCGACAACCGCUCCCUGUACUCGGCCUUCGGCUUCGUCGCCCAGAGGCCCAUCAUCAUCGGAUUUCUGCUCUUCAACGACGCCCUCGCCCCCCUCGACAUGGUCGUCAAGCUGCUCAUGAACAUCGUCACCCGCCGUUACGAGUUCCAGGCCGACAAGUUCGCCAUGGACCUCGGCUACCAGACCGACCUGGCCAGGUCCCUGCUCAAGCUGCACACCCAGAACCUCAGCAGCCUAGACGCCGACCCCAUCUACGCUAGCUACCACUUCUCUCACCCCCAUCUUACCGAGCGUCUCAAGGCUCUCGGCUGGAAGGGUGACGAGAAGGUUGGCCCUGCUCAGCCUGCCGUUGUUGAUGAUGACGGCACUGUUGUCAAGGCUUCUGGAAGGGAUGGGCUGUAG